AUGCAGACGUACCUGCAAUAUAAGCGGAUGUACAGAGAGCUCGAGAAACAAAUCGCGAUCAAGCAUGGGCCCGACGAGAGUGACAAGCGUGCCCGACGCUAUUAUUACCAAGAUGGCACAUCCCAGACCAAUGCCGACGAACAAACACAGAGCAGGGAGCAGGCUGAUCUAAGGAGAGAGCAUGGACAGCGCACCGGUAUUACUGGGCCGGUGCUUCAGCCACGUCAUACGGCUCGCCAGCAUCUGGAAGGCAAUGAUGAUGUUGAACGGGCUGGUUUUGAUCCUGAAAUCCAGGGUGAUCCCCAUGUCAUCCAUUCGACAGAUUCACUGGAUGAUACGACGGACAUCAUGGCUAUUGAUGUGGAGGAAUCGGCUCAUAGUAGGGCCAAUGGUGGGAGAGCGGACAGCAGGGCAGAUGGGGUUCCUGAUGGUGUUGAUGGAGUGGCCGACGAGGAUCCAUCGUAUCCAGACAAGCUUAUUGUGGUAUCCUACGAAGGCGUUCAAGACCCGCAGGACCCUCACAACGGGUUCUUUCUGCGCCAGCUUUUCUGCAGGAUUAUGAUCUUAAUGGUUGCGUUCACCGUCCUCUGGUCCUCUACUAUCGACACCACCGGUCUGAUCACUGUAAGACAUAUUUAA